CCCAUGCUUCGUUGAGUUUCCGUUUCGUUUUCGUUUGGCCUCUCAUUUUCAGUUUCAAAAACUUUCAAGUUGUGUCCAAAACCUGCCAGACGAUCUGCGGCUUCGGCCAGUCUCUGAUUGUUAGUUAACUCGAAUUCAAAUUCAGUCGCCAAUUGGCCGCGUUCAAGUCAACAAGUGUCUUUUCGGCUCUUCGAAUAUCGCAACGGGCUCUAAAUCCUUCGAAUCAAAAUUUAUUUAAUUAAUUAAUUGAAUUUUAACAAACUUACAAAAUGUGCCUUCUGCCCGGUCGCUUCAUCUGGUCAGCUUUCGUUGUGACGAUGGUGGGCCUAUCCGCAAUGAUCGAAGCCAGACCCCAGAGGAAUCUGCAGCACAUUGCCGUGGUGGAGAAUGCCGCCUGGGAAAAGACACUUCCGCAGCAGUUCCAGAACCCCUUCUACAAUACCCCAAGGGUGAGGGAUGCCCUGGCCAGAUCCAGUUGGUUUGGACCCGGCGAGGAGGUGGUUUAUGACCGCCAGGCUGAAAAAAUUCCUCGCAUGGAAAUCUACAAUGUGCUGUCUCAUGCUGGUUUGAUACCACGCCGGCGUUUUCUUUAAAUUAUGAAUAUUCAAUACCGCAUAUCUGUUAUAAAAGUAUGAAAAUAAAAGUCAGUCAUUAGUUUAGGAAAAAUCA